AUGUCCCCGUUGAAAGUCGUCCUCGGAACCAGCCCGCGUAACCCUCUCUCUCUGCCACUGCCGGAGGUGGAUUUGACAACCGACCAAGAGAAGAAAGCGUUAGAGGUUGUCAAACAAACCCAAAAGGUCCAGGAGUUAGCACGACAGAACGCCGUAGCGGCACAGGCGCUGAUAGAAACCCAAGCCAACAAGAAACGCCGACCUGUGGACUUUACUGUUUCUGACAUGGUGUACGUAAGUAAGAAGGGAUUCUUGACUGAAGCCCCAACCACGAAGCUGGACUCACAGAACGCCGGUCCAUGGACCAUUGUGGAAAAAAGAGGCCACAGCUUUAUCCUUGACACGCCACCCUGGUAUAAAGGUAGCAAGCUCUUCCACGCUGAUCGCUUUCAGAAAGCAGCUCAGAACCCGCUGCCGCAGCAACAGCUGGAACCAGAACCACCAGUGGAGAUCAACGGAGAACCGGAAUAG